GGGAGGAAAAACCGUCCUUCGGGUCCCCGCCUCUACACUCCCAACGCUUGACUCCCUUCUCCCCCUGCAAUCACUACACAGCCAGCUACGGAGGCCCCUAAAGUACAAAUAUCCCCCAAGCCCUGGCGUAUCCUGAUAGGUUUUGUCCUUGUUCCUCCAUUCGGUCCUAAGGGCCUGCGUUCAGUUUUUGUCAGGAAUCGGGCUUGUGAGCUUCUUCUGGCGGCAGGAACUCCAACACUCUUUACGGAAGUGAAAGUUUUUUGUUUUUUGUUUUUUGUUUUUUUGUUUUUUGCCGCUGAGGCCUCCCGCAUUCCUUCCCUCCCACCUCGCGGAAUUGUGGCGGGAGGGGGAGGAGGAAGUCAAGGCGCCUGCGCGGAGAGGCCGCUUUCCAUCCGGGUCUCUGUCCGUGCGGUGCAGCAGGUCGGUAGGCGGGAAAUGGCGACUGGCUGAAGGAGCUGGUUCUGUUGCUGCUGCGGGCUAAGCGGGAAAGACACCACACAUUGCGCAGUCGGGACCAUCGCCGGAGCCUGAGGACACUUCUCUGUCGUCACAGUUAGUUUUAUAUGUGGCACUCAUAAAAGAUGAGGCUGAGAACACGGAAGGCUUCUCAGCAAUCAAAUCAAAUCCAAACACAACGCACUGCUAGAGCAAAGAGGAAAUAUUCAGAGGUUGAUGAUAGCCUGCCUUCAGGGGGAGAAAAAACACCGAAAAAUGAAACCGGCUUAUUGUCUUCAAUUAAAAAAUUCAUUAAAGGAAGCACACCCAAGGAAGAGAGAGAAAAUCCUUCGAAACGGAGUAGGAUUGAACGUGAUAUAGAUAAUAAUUUGAUCACAUCAACACCAAGAGCAGGAGAAAAGACUAACAAACAGAUAUCUCGAGUAAGACGGAAAAGUCAAGUAAAUGGAGCUGGUAGUUAUGAAAUGACAAAUCAACAUGUAAAACAAAAUGGAAAAUUAGAAGAUAAUCCUUCCUCUGGCAGUCCUCCAAGGACUACGUUGUUGGGGACCAUAUUUUCUCCUGUCUUCAACUUUUUUUCACCAGCAAAUAAAAAUGGAACAUCAGGAUCCGAUUCCCCAGGACAGGCUGUGGAAGCUGAAGAGAUAGUAAAACAACUUGAUAUGGAACAGGUGGAUGAGAUCACUACCAGUACUACUACGUCAGCAAAUGGAGCAGCUUACUCAAAUCAAGCAGUUCAAGUGAGGCCAUCAAUAAAUAAUGGUUUAGAAGAAGCAGAAGAAACAGUUAAUCGUGAUAUCCCACCCCUUACAGCACCAGUAACUCCAGAUAGUGGUUAUUCAUCAACUCAUGCAGAGGCCACCUAUGAAGAAGACUGGGAAGUAUUUGACCCGUAUUAUUUCAUCAAACAUGUUCCACCACUGACAGAAGAACAACUAAAUAGGAAACCUGCUCUUCCUUUGAAAACAAGAAGCACACCAGAAUUCUCUCUAGUUUUAGACCUGGAUGAAACACUAGUACACUGUAGUCUAAAUGAGCUAGAAGAUGCAGCACUUACUUUUCCAGUCCUUUUCCAAGAUGUCAUUUAUCAGGUUUACGUGAGAUUAAGACCAUUCUUCAGGGAAUUCCUGGAACGAAUGUCUCAGAUGUAUGAGAUCAUUCUUUUUACUGCUUCUAAGAAGGUGUAUGCAGACAAGUUACUGAACAUACUAGACCCUAAAAAGCAACUGGUCAGGCAUCGGCUUUUCCGUGAACAUUGUGUUUGUGUACAAGGAAACUAUAUAAAGGACUUAAAUAUCCUUGGAAGAGAUCUUUCAAAGACUAUAAUAAUUGACAACUCACCACAAGCCUUUGCAUAUCAGCUAUCUAAUGGAAUCCCUAUAGAAAGCUGGUUUAUGGAUAAAAAUGACAAUGAACUUCUAAAAUUGAUUCCAUUUCUGGAGAAGCUUGUAGAACUGAAUGAAGAUGUUCGACCUCACAUCAGAGACAGAUUUCGCUUGCAUGAUUUGCUGCCCCCAGAUUAAGUGCAAAGACUUGUCAAAUCACUGAAGGGGGAGAGAAUGCAGGACCCUUUUGGACUAAGACAAAAACAUUGCCAUUACUGUUGAAAUUUUGCAUUUUUGUACCCCGUCUUGCUUUUCUUAUCUUUGGUGCCCAAUAAUAAUCAAGGGUUACAGAAAGAGACUUUAUCUCAGAUUGAAUACAUACAGUAGGUAGGCUAAAACAGAAGAGUCUUUAGAACUAGUGCAACUCCAGUGAAAUUUUUUUAUGUACAGGACAUCUGCAGUUUAUAAAGAAUUCUGUUUCUGCCACCAGCAGUUUGACCUGUAGUCACACAGGAUUUUAUGAUAAUAACAGAGAUGAAAAUGGACUUUUAUUUUCUCUCUGUUCGGUGCUCUAAGUGGGUUUGUAGCCACUUUUCUGUUACUUUAAGAUUCUCAUUUCAACAGGAAUGGCCAGUAAAAGUUGUUUUAUUUUUCCUGUUAAGGUUUAUAACCUUUUUACAUUUUUGACCUGUAUUAGAUUAGAUUUUCAUUAUGCAUUCCUUUUAGUUGAGGCGCUUCAUAGUUUUCUGGAAAUAGUCAAUUUUUAGUUUUUUAUUAUACAUUUGAAUGGCCGUUUUCCUGCUUUGUCUGCCUGCAUAUUGUAUAUUUGUUUAAAAAUAUUCUCUACUUUUAGUCCAUGUAAGUUUCAUUUAGAAAGACAUGCAUUUAUAUUUUGUUUCUGUAAUAUUCUACUGUAGGUGAAAUCUUUAAAAAAAAAAAUCAGAGGACUGGGUAGAUAAGAAUAUAUGAAUGACUAAUAUUCAAAAGAUUUAAACCAUUGUGAUGGCAUGUGUUCCCAGAUGGUAAUAUCUUGCAAUGGCACACAGAUUUAAUGGAUAAAGGUAUACCUCAGACUUCACUGUGCUCACCAAUCUUUGAGGAGAAUGAGUUUGGUCACCUGUUGGGCUUGAUUUGGUUACUGCUGCCUUUGGUUUUCUCCAGGAAUGAAGUAUUCAGCACAGUGACUCAGUAUUUUUAGUUAUUUUGCAUGGGCUGGUAGUACCUCUGUUAUGCUCUUGGUUACAAUCAAUUUAAAACUCUGUGUAACAGUCUUGGUACCUUACAGUAGCUAUGCAUAAUCCUGUGGCACAGUAAACUCCCAAGCCACCAAUGCAGUUAAUAUGCUCUCAUAGUGGUUUUCUAUGCUAUAUGAAAAUAGUCUUCAAGCCUUGGUUCUCUAAUGCAGCUACCACAAGAGGUUGAUAUUUUUAUAGUGGCGUGUAAUCUCCUUUUCGGGAGGCUUUUUAUGGAAGGUAGAAUUUGUAAAAGUUAGUAUGCUUUGCCUCUCGACUGCAUUAACAUGCCACAGGCUCAGACUGUUUUUGUGUAAAGGAUGUCAAAGAACGGCACUUUUUCUAAAGAGAAGUUUGAUAUUUUGUAUGCUUGUUAAGAAAGUACAGUAUUGGAAAUUAAAGGUGGACAACUGAUAAUUGAGGAGUAUGUCACUUAAUUUUUUAUGUAUAUUACCUGUUUACUUGUACAACUUAUUGUACAAAUUACAUGCAGCUUCAUUUUCAAAUGAAUCCUUAAAAUAAGGAAAUCUUUUUAGGAAAACAUUUAAUUUUUGUAUUUUUGAUUUUAAAGGCAUGAGUUAUGUCAAUUUUCAGUGUAUUAAUGAAGAUUUUAACUUUUCAUCAGGUUGAGUGUUUUCUUACUAUAUUAUCUGUUGUGUAUGUAGUUAGCAUAUUGUGUCACUGAACUGUUUAAAAAAUCUAGCAUGUAGAGCAAGCCUGUUUUGUGGAAAAUCCUUAUUCAUUAAAAAAAUAAUCAUGGCAGAUUUUCUGCAAAAAAAAAAAAAAGCAAAAGCAUUUGCAAUUCAGAAUACUGGUUUUUUUUUAUUUGUUUGUUUGUUUUGGUUGUUUUUGUUUUAAUUUAAAGAAAGGUAUUUUGCUUGCAGGAAAAAAUACUCCACAGAUUCAUUUUAAUGAGAAUCUUUGAAAUGUAUUUAUCUUUAGGGCAUCUGGGCAUCUUUAUGCUGUUUGUCUUCUGUCUUUCUUGAAAUAAAAUGUACAUACGUUACCUUUACAUACGCUCUUGCUCAAAAUUCUGAACCUAGUUACAUUUCUCCUUGCUCCCCUUUUAUGCUCAAACAAUAAAACCCAAAACCUAUACAAGAUCUGAGCUUUCAGCAUGCAUUAUAAUUGCUGAAAGCUUUUCUGAUUAAGUAAACAGUCUCAAAGGGCUUUCCCAUAACUGAAAGGGAAAUGUAAGCACCUGUACUGUUGUGCCUAUGGGCACUUGAAAAUAAACAACUUUUAAUCAUCUUUUAUUAAUGGUAAAGCUGUUUUCAGUCCCAUGCUAGGGAGAGUUCUUUAAGUCAGCUGACAAAGGAAUCUAGCGUAACAAGAUUCUGUAAAGAAAUAAAGAGAAAUUUUAUAUGGCCUGAGAAAAUUUCUUGAGACCAAUUUAUUUUUCUUCAUUACUUGAUUUGAGUCAUUUCAAAUUUGUUGUUAAUACAAAAUUUAAAAUAAUUUAUGAAGAGACAGUUAUCCAGUUUCCUUCCACUUUAAUAUGUUUUACCUUCUCAUUACCCCUUCUUUUCUUUAGCUAUUGGUAAAUGUUAUCUUAAACACUUCCAUUUAGUUAAGUGGAGGUGUCUAUUUUGUGAAUUGAGAUGUGCCCAACUGCUUUAGUUCGCACAGGAAACAUGAACUCUAUAAAAACUAACUAUAGGAAAUGCAGGAGAGAUGGAUACCUGAUAAGACACAGCAAAAGUGACCUAUAUACACAUUACAUAUCUGAAGUACAUAUUAUAAUUGUGAUAUUUCCAGUGAUAAAUGUCUGGCUUUUAAGACGUUCUUUUAAAUAUUUGUAUUAUUGUUAGGAUGUUUAAAUCAGUUGUGUUUUUUAAUUCUGUGUAAUAUAUGUAGCCCUAAUCAGAUUUAUAUCACCAUAUUUCUCUUUGAGUCUUAAAAGAGUUGAUAACGAUUUGAAACCAUAAUUGUUUUAUAUUAGCUAGUAUGUAUAUUUAUUUACCCGAUGGCUUUAUCUUGUUUCCCAAAAUUGGGAUGGGGGGUUGUUGAAAGCAUUGUAACUUCUAUAAAAGGCUAUUUUCUUGUA